AUUCCAUCUCCCGUCUGCCCAAGAAGCUUGCGCAGUGCUCUCGCGCGUCUUCAUCCACCACCACCACCAUCACCACCAUCUCUCCCAUCAUCAAUCCUGUUCGUACCCCUUUCUACCCCAUCAUUCUGUCCUUCUCCUCCUGCCUCCACAGCCACCUCAUACCUCAUUGCCAGUGAUCCUCGUCCUCACCGAAGUCUGUCGUUGUCACGUCGUCGAUUGAAAGGCGCACGACGCUCACCACCCUUCUACCUCGUUUUUUCUACUCCCAACCACUCUUUCUCUCCCCAAUUCAAUUCCGCGCACUCUUCAUCAAUCAUUAUCCUCAUCAUCAUCAUCAUCAUCAAUCAUCUACCUCCAUUCUUUUUAUUUGAGGGGCUUUCUCUAACGGGCAAUCAUGUUACCAAACAGCACCAGCUUCGUUGUCGUCGCUGCCGUCGAACAAUCAACGCCGCCCAUCACUUGAUAGGCAACAAACUCUACCGCCCAAAUCGCUCUACACCCCUCCUAAAAGGAACCCGACGGUCCUACCACACCUUCCACCACCGAUUCGACUUCCCUCCCAUUGCUGGCCACUUCACCGCAGUCCGGACGGCGCGAUGGAUACAUAUCCAGGUUACAGAGAGCCCCCGCUCGCGCGUUCGCCCACGGAGAGAACCAGCUGGAGUGGACGCGAUGAUAGCUAUCGGUCGUCCGAUCGUCCGGAGUCUCGCGACAAUUUUUAUCGUGGACGAUCACCGGGUAUGUCAACAUCUCAAUUCUACCCUCGUCUCUUUGCCACACCGUGGUCGUUGUUUCAUGCAGGUGCAAGGCUGCAGCCCGUGUGACGUGAACACAUUAUAUCACAACAUCGGAGGCCUGAUUGUUCUAAUACAAUGCCAUCAUCAUCAUGGACUAUCUAACUUACAUUUACUCUCCUUAGGCGCUGAUCGACGUCGCACACGAGAUCGUUCCCGUUCUCCGCCAGCAGUAGACCGUUACGAGCCUUCCGGACAUCAAUCAAGAGACGAUUACGGCAGAAGAGAUCGUGACCGUGAUGACCGCCGACGACCAUCGCCAGGCCCUGCCAACAUUGACCGAUAUGUUCCAGGUCAGGAUAACGGUCCAUCCAUUACGGUCAAUCCAUUGGCCGACCCCGCUACAAUACAAUUCCAAGUUGGAUUCUCAUAUUUCGGUGAAUGGUGGCGCACGAAUGAGAAGAUAAGGGAAGAGCGGGAGCGCGCAAGAACCGGUAGACGCGGUGAACCUCUUCGACGCGAUACACAAGAGGACCGCGAGAAGGAGAAGGCUAGAAUUCAAGCUGCCUACGAUGUAUACAAGGACGAACUCCAAGCCAAGAUGGCACGAAACUUUGUACAGGAACAUAAGGGUGAACAAUGGUUUCAAGAACGUUACUUUGCGGAAACUCGAAAUGGUUUGCGCCAACAAAUUAACGAGUUCCGACGGGGCAAUUAUAGUCAAUGGGAGCAGGAUCUGGAAUCUGGAACGUUUGAUGAAUAUUCUCUCGAAGGCAUCCCUAAGAGUGAGAGUAAUGGUGCCGGUGGAGUGGUUGAGAAAGAGGAAGGAGAAGCUACUGCGACAAAUGAAGUUCUUGGUAUUGGUGAUCUUGUCCCAUCACGCGGUAGUGAUAUCCGGGAUGAGAAUGCAUUUCAACCAACUCUACUCAUCAAGACUAUCGCGCCACAUGUGAGCCGUACCAACUUGGAAGCUUUCUGCAAGGAACAUCUGGGCGAGGACGAGGGUGGAUUUAAGUGGUUGAGUUUGAGUGAUCCAAAUCCAGGAAAACGAUACCACAGAAUUGGUUGGGUAAUGCUUCAUCCAGCUCCAGAGACCACCAUGUCAACCGACCGUCCGGAACUGAAAGACGAGGACGCGGAUAUCCCACCAACCCCUGCGCCACAACUUACCACAGCGGAGAAAGCGCUCGAGGCCAUCAAUGGAAAAACGGUCAAGGAUGAGGUUCGAGGAGAUUUUACUUGCCAUGUUGGUGUUCAUGUUCCUCCCAGUCUACCACGUAAAAAGGCACUUUGGGAUCUGUUUUCGGCCCCAGAAAGAAUCGAGAAGGAUCUCGAGUUAGCUCAGCGUCUUGUGGGCAAAUUUGAGGAGGAUUUUGGAUCCGACUUCAAUGCUGUUUUGAAGAUUGAGGAACGAGUUGAUGCUCUCAGAAACUCUGGCCGGCUUUUGCCUCCAGUUACCGCACCUGUUGUCAAGAAAGUCAAAAAAACGCGUGAUCCGCUCGACCUUGAUGAGGCAAUGGAUUCGGCCGAGGAGGGUGAGGAAGAGGAGGAGGAGGAGGAAGGCGCUCUUGAUGAGGAGGUCGAUGACGAUGAUCUCUUGAUGAAAAAGAAGCAGCUUGACCUUAUGGUCGAGUACCUUCGCCGAGUUUUCAACUUCUGCUUCUUUUGCGUAUUUGAAAGCGACUCAGUUCAUGAACUUACCCGAAAGUGCCCUGGCGGUCAUUUGAGAAGACCACGUAACACCUUGACUACCUCUGGUAAGGCCGCAGCCAGAGCCAGUGCUUUGGGUGAACCUUUUCCAAUCAAGCGUCGUGGAAAUGAUCCGGAAGAUAUGGACUUGGAUCCGGUCUCUCCUGAUGGCGAUCGAAAGUUUAUGCGCAAUGGUGCACCUUCGAAAUCCGAGCAACAACUUUCCCGCGCGUUCAAUUGGGUCAAGACUUUUGAGGAAAAGAUCAUGCAAAUCCUUGAGCCUGAGUCGGUAGACGUACGCAAGCUUGGCGGUAAGCCCACAGAUGAGGCCCUGAAAGAGGAGCUAGUGAAGUUUGUGAAGCAAGAGGAUGAGCAUAAAUUUAGAUGCCGUGUUCCAGAGUGCCAAAAAUUAUUUAAGGAGAAACACUUUUGGGAGAAGCAUGUAGAAAAACGUCAUCCUGACUGGGUAGAAGGUCUCAAGAAAGACGUGAGUUCUUGAUUGUAAACAGAUCAUUUGUUUUUGCUAAUCUGGUUACCAGUUUGAUCUUGUCAAUACUUACGUGACAGACCCAGCUCACAUUGCUCCAUCAAGAUCAGAUGCUAACAGCAAUGGUCAUUUCCCUCCUGCUAAUGGACAUAUGCCGGCUGGAACACCUCGUGGUUUCAACUUGCAAAACUUUGGCAUUAAUGGACUACCACAGCUACCAUUUGGUGCCUUACCUGCAUUCGCCGGAAAUGUUGCAGGAGGUCAAUUGGGUUGGGGCGCUGGUACAGAUGCUCGUGGUGGUCCUAUCAGAAGAGGUGGUCGGCCAUAUCAAAACAAUGCUAGGACUGGACCUUACGACCGUAGACCACGAGAUCCGCGAUAUGGAGGUGAAAAUGGCAGACUCAGCCCUCCGCCUGGAUCCCGUAGACCAGGUGCUAUGGCAGGCGGUGGUGGCCGAUGGGGUGACGGUGCGGCUGGCGGUGCUGCCGUUGGACCUCGUGAAGCUGUUCAAGGCCGAAGUCUCAAAUCUUAUGAGGACCUUGAUGCUGUUGCUGGUGGUGGGGCGGGUGAGCUCAAUUACUAA